UUUCAUGUUAUAUUAAUGGGUAGUAACCAGUACAAGCUCCGAGAAGAAAUGUCAUCGUCUUUCGUAUCGAUUUAUUCUCGAUUUCCUUUCGAGAAUUGGUUGAACGCAAGUACGCUAACAUUCUCUUUAAAAAAUCGAUAUGCACACACUGAUUUACCCAAAGCUAGCUUUCAAGAAUAUCGUCGAAAAUCUCUUCAGAAUUCGAAUGUGUCGACUAAACGGAGCAUCGAUGAGCGAAAAACAUCAAGUUACGUAAUGUCUUUUGUGGGCAGUGUUGCUGGACUUUAUGGGUUCAAGUCUCACUUGUUACAUUACAUACUAAGUCUGGCUCCAGCACGUAACAUUUUAGCAGAAGCGCAAAUUGAGAUUAGUUUACAAGAUAUACCGGUGGGAAAGGUAUCAGUAUUUAAAUGGCGAGGAAAACCGAUCUUCAUUUACCAUCGCUCCCAAUCCAUUAUAGAACAAGAGAAAGUAAUAAAUGUGGCGACAUUAAGGGAUCCUGAGACAGAUGAUCAAAGAGUCAAACGAGCGGAAUGGUUGAUCGUCAUUGGAAUUUGCACGCAUCUCGGUUGCAUACCAAUUCCUAACUCCGGUAUUAUACGCGGUGGAUUUUACUGUCCGUGUCACGGAUCUCACUUCGAUGCGUCUGGGCGCAUACGUAAAGGACCAGCACCUACUAAUUUGGAAAUACCAGAAUAUCAAUUCCUCGAUGACGAUACCAUUCUAGUUGGUUGACUUCAUUGUCCUUAAUAAAUGAUUUACUCGACUAAUA